UUUGAGUGGGGGCUGUGUGCGUCAUGUGCUGCAGCGCCUGGCGGCCACACACACAUUGGCUACAUACACAGGUUUCGGGACCGCGCUUUUCUCAGGCAUACAGCGCUGAAUUAAUCAGCUCCAGUCGCUUAGUAGCCUAUAGUCCAAAAUACUGGCUGAUCGGGACGGAGACAAUUUCUUGUUCUGAUCUCUUUUUUAACAUUUCUAAUCAUUUCUAAUAUUUCUAAAGAAAAAGGGGGGCUAUUUCCGCCCUCUCUUCAUCCAUCCAUCUUCACCCCUUCCCUCCCCUAAGGGCCGCUGGACGGAUAGCCGAGGAGGCCGUGGAGCGCACUUGUUCACGAAGGAGAGAAAGAGGACUCUGUUUUCCGGCGGGCAAGAGGCACUCUGCGGGGCGGGGUUGGUGUUCGACUUUCACGGCUUCUGCACUGCGCUCGACCCGGUGGUGGAGAUCACGAUGACUGGUGGUGAGACACCGGAGAGGUGGCGGAUUAUCCCCACUUGGCUAUAGUGAUGUUGCUCGCGUCCAAAUGUCCCUUCCUCGGAUGAGACCACGUAUGAAAGGACGGCUGUGCAGGUGAUGGAGAGAAGAUGAUCAUUGUGUCGAGGGGGACAUAAUUUAAUUGUUGAGAGAAAUUAGAUUCAGCGGUAAUAGUAGCCUACAUUACAUUGACACCGACAUUCUAAGGAAAACCACGACGGAUUUCAAUUAAAGAUGAUGAUUGAAUGCAAAUAAGAAAAAUCAACAAAUGUCACAUUUAUCCUAUUCGUGUAUAAGGAUGCCAGUUCAUCUAUGCGCGCGUGUAAAGCGAGUGUGAGGUGGCGGUAGACAAAUUAGCCAGUGUACCAAACAUUGCGGAUGUUACAAAAUAAAUAAAUAAUUAUAGAUUUUAGCUCUUUUUUUCAGCGUUCUUUGGUCUCUGAAACAUACCAUGACAACCACGACCAGCAUGCCCAGUUGAUGGGAAAAACUUGGUGGAUUUAUUUUCUUAUUUAUUUUUAUUUUGACAAGCUGAUUUCUUUGAAUAUUGUGCAGUGGUCAUGAUGACAAUACAUUUUAUAGUGAAGAAAAGCACAAGCGGCUUCUGACGAGCCUAUCGCCCCAUGGAAAUGGUUCUGGAGAAGACGAUGGAGCAGCCAUGGAGAACAUGAAACAUUUAUACUAACUCAUCUUGGAAUAUGCCCAAUCUGACAUUAGCCUUGCUCUUCUUUUUUGGACAUCUAAAAACGAACUGAAGAGGAAUUGUGAAGCCUACUGCACUGACAGUCGUGCAACAAGCCAAGCUAUCCAGCUCACCGCACUUUGCAUUUUUUUACACCCGCACUUGGCCAUUAGCACUAAUGCACCGACAGAGACCAAAGCCUACAUGGGCGUCUUCAUCUAGUAAGGGCCGCACCAUAUAGGCCACCGCGCACCCCAACUCUCCCCCUAUGCAGGUGGAAGAAGCAGAAUAAAACAGUUGUGUGUAUGAGCAGUCCUCAGGCAGAUGGGAUGUAAUGUUGUGUGGUCGCGCUGAGCAUUCGCCUCCUUCUCAGCUACUGCUGCUUUGUAAAGAUUUGGUGUCCAAAGAAUGGCGCGGUUCGAAAACGAGAUGCCGUCCAGGUAUGGCGGCGGCCACGGUCAUGGACCAGGGCAUGGGCAUGGACCUGGAGGUCCUGGCCGCGGAGGCAGCAGGCAGGGCGGCCCGCCCGGAGGCCCCGGGGGCCAGCGGGUCUACAAGCAGUCCAUGGCGCAGAGAGCCCGGACCAUGGCCCUGUACAACCCCAUCCCGGUGCGUCAGAACUGCUUCACCGUCAACCGCUCGCUGUUCAUCUUCAGCGAGGAUAACUUUGUGAGAAAAUACGCCAAAAAGAUUACAGAAUGGCCUCCGUUUGAGUGGUUGAUCCUGGCCACCAUUUGUGCUAACUGUAUCGUCCUGGCUCUGGAGCAACAUCUGCCUGAUGGAGACAAGACUCCUCUAUCUGAACGUCUGGAUGACACUGAGCCCUACUUCAUAGGGAUCUUCUGUUUUGAGUCAGGCAUUAAGAUCCUGGCUCUAGGAUUUGCCUUCCAUAAGAACUCCUACAUAAGGAACGGAUGGAAUGCCAUGGACUUUGUAGUAGUAUGCACAGGGAUCUUGUCUACAGUGGGAUCGGACUUCGAUUUGCGGACUCUGAGAGCGGUCCGUGUGCUGAGACCCCUCAAACUGGUGUCUGGGAUACCCAGCCUCCAGGUGGUCCUCAAGUCCAUCAUGAAGGCUAUGAUCCCACUGCUGCAGAUCGGCCUGUUGCUAUUCUUCGCCAUCCUCAUGUUCGCUAUCAUUGGCCUGGAGUUCUACAUGGGCAAAUUCCACACUACCUGCUUCGACAUUCACACAGAUGAGAUUCGCGAGGAGUUUCCGUGUGGGACCGAAGCCCCGUCGAGACUAUGUCCAAACGGGACCGUGUGUCGACAGUAUUGGCUGGGGCCUAACUACGGCAUCACCCAGUUUGACAACAUCCUGUUUGCCGUGCUCACAGUCUUCCAGUGUAUUACCAUGGAGGGAUGGACUGACCUGCUCUACUAUAGCAACGAUGCCUCAGGGAGCGCGUGGAACUGGAUGUACUUCAUCCCCCUCAUCAUCAUCGGCUCUUUCUUCAUGUUGAACCUGGUGCUGGGUGUACUGUCUGGGGAGUUUGCCAAAGAGAGAGAGCGAGUGGAGAACAGGAGUGAGUUUCUGAAGCUGAGGAGACAGCAGCAGAUAGAGAGAGAGCUCAAUGGAUACCUGGAGUGGAUUUGUAAAGCAGAAGAAGUGAUCUUAGCAGACGAUGAAGACCCUGAUGCCUUUGACGGUACCCGCAGGAGACCCACCAUCAAAAACCACAAGAACAAAACAGAUCUCCUUAACCCAGAGGAUGGGGAUGGAGACCUGGCAGUGGGUUCUCCCUUUGCGCGGACCAGUCUGAAGAGUUCAAAGCUGGAGGGCUCUAACUUCCAUAAGAGGGAGCGUCGUCUGCGUUUCUUCAUCCGACGCAUUGUGAAGACCCAGUAUUUCUACUGGAGUGUACUGUGUCUGGUGGGACUGAACACCAUGUGUGUGGCUGUAGUACACUACGACCAGCCUGAACCACUAUCAGACUUCCUCUACUUUGCGGAGUUCGUCUUCUUGAGUAUCUUCAUGUCUGAGAUGGGUAUAAAGAUUUAUGGACUGGGGUCACAGCCUUACUUUCACUCCUCCUUUAACUGCUUUGACUGCAUUGUAAUAUGUGGCAGCAUAUUCGAGGUGCUGUGGGGUUUUAUCCAGCCUGGGACAUCCUUUGGUAUCAGUGUAUUACGAGCUCUAAGGUUACUGAGAAUCUUCAAAGUCACCAAGUACUGGGCAUCUUUGAGGAACCUGGUUGUAUCUCUGCUCAACUCCAUGAAAUCCAUUAUAAGCCUGCUCUUCCUCCUCUUCCUCUUUAUCGUCGUCUUCGCUCUGUUGGGCAUGCAACUCUUCGGAGGACAGUUUAAUUUUGAAUCUGGCACUCCCCCGACCAACUUUGAUACUUUCCCUGCAGCAAUAAUGACUGUGUUCCAGAUCCUGACCGGAGAAGACUGGAACAUGGUAAUGUAUGAUGGAAUCGAGUCUCAGGGAGGAGUCAACAACGGAAUGGUCUUCUCAGUCUUCUUCAUCGUGCUCACACUCUUCGGCAACUACACUCUGCUGAAUGUGUUCUUGGCCAUCGCUGUGGACAAUCUGGCUAACGCACAGGAACUCACUAAGGAAGAGGAAGCCGCUUCCAAGAAAAAUGCUUUACAGAAAGCCAAGGAGGUGGCCGAAGUAAGCCCUCAGUCUGCAGCCAACCUCUCCAUAGCGGCCGAGAAAGUAAACAGCACAGGUCACAACGCUUCCGACCCCUUUCUGGACUGUAAGGAGCAGCAGAAGAACAGUAAGGGUGGUAGUAAGUCAGUGUGGGAACAGAGGACCAAGGAGCUGAGGAAACAGACUCUAAUGACCAGCAGAGAGGCCCUCUACAACGAACUGGACCCAGAGGACCGCUGGAAGGUGAACUGCUCCCGCCACAUCCGUCCCGACAUGAAGACCCAUACAGACCGCCCUCUAGUGGUGGACCCCCAGGAGAACCGCAACAACAACACCAACAAGACCACCAAAGAACCUGACCCCCGCCUCAGCCAGCAGCACGCCGACGAGCUGCUCCGCAAGCAGACACACGCCCACGAGAGAGGAGGUGGGGGAGGAGGAGGUGGGGUCUCAGGGUCUGGUUCGGGCCCUGGAAGGCCCUACGAGAGGGCGGACUCUACGGAGAGCCGCAGGAGCCGCAAGGAGAGCAAGGAGCACCAGGAGCUCCAACACCACCACUCCUCCCAUACCUGCCUAGAUGCAACGAUACUGGGCCAGAGUGGAGAGGAGAGGACCCAGAGGAGGCACCACCACCCACGGGGCCAGGUGGGCUCAUCGGAGCACAGGAAACCCCGCCAGCACCGCAUGCCCCCAGAGGACGAAGAGGGGGGAGGUGGAGGAGGAGGUGGUGGAGGAGGAGGGGAAAUUCGGCACAAGAGCAGGGGGACAGAAGGAGGAGGCGAGGGGGAGCAGGAGGGGGGUGAGGGAGGUGAGAGGAGGCAGAGGCGGCAUCGACAUGGCACUCAGUCAGGGUGUGAUGGUGAGGGGAAGAGGACGCGGCAACACCGCAGGAAGGAUGGUCCCAACCUGUCCACCACACGGCCCAUCCAAAAGAGCCUCUGUAGACAGGACAGCCAGUACAGCGAGGACAUGGACAAUGUCAUGAACAGUAAACUGGCCACCAGCCAGCCCCAGCUACCCCCAGGCUCCACCCAGCAGCCCUGCCCAGCCUCGGGCCUCCCCAGCCCAGCCAACCACAUUACUCCAGGCCCAGGCUUUGGCCCUGCAGGCCUCAACACUCACCUGACCAACAGCAGCUCCCACUUGGGCACAGAUGGAAGCCUGGUUCCUGCAUACGGAAGUAGCACCCAGAUAGCGGACCACACGGCAGUGGACAUACCUUCCCACAACGCCAUACUACAGGUCAAUAAGAAUGCUAACACGGAGCCUCUGCCUAAGAAGGAGGAUAAGGAUGAUGAUGAUGAUGAGAAGGGUGAUGAAGAUGGACCCAAACCAAUGCCUCCCUAUAGCUCCAUGUUCAUCCUCUCUACCACCAACCCGUUCCGGAGACUAUGCCACUACAUUGUGACUCUGAAAUUCUUUGAGUUUGGUAUCCUGUCUACCAUCGCUAUGAGCAGUAUCGCCCUGGCAGCAGAAGACCCCGUCUGGCCAGAAUCACCUCGCAACAAUGUUCUGCGCUACUUCGACUAUGUGUUUACGGGAGUGUUCACCUUUGAGAUGUUGAUUAAGAUGGUGGAUCUGGGCCUGGUGUUGCACCAGGGCUCCUAUUUCCGUGACCUGUGGAACAUCCUGGACUUUAUAGUGGUUAGUGGUGCUCUGGUGGCCUUCGCCUUCACGAGCAGUAGCGGGGGGAGCAGUAAGGGGAAAGACAUCAGCACGAUCAAGUCUCUGAGGGUUCUGAGAGUGUUGCGACCUCUGAAGACUAUCAAGCGUCUUCCAAAGCUCAAGGCUGUAUUUGACUGCGUGGUCAACUCCCUGAAGAACGUCCUGAACAUCCUCAUCGUAUACAUGCUCUUCAUGUUUAUAUUUGCUGUGGUGGCCGUGCAGCUGUUCAAAGGCAGAUUCUUCUACUGCACUGACGAGUCCAAAGAGUUUGAGCGCGAUUGCAGGGGCGAAUAUCUAGUCUAUGAGCGGAAUAAUGAAGUGAAGGCGCAGAAGCGGGAGUGGAAGAAGUACGAUUUCCACUACGACAACGUGCUUUGGGCCCUGCUCACCCUCUUCACUGUGUCUACCGGAGAGGGGUGGCCGCAGGUGCUGAAACAUUCAGUAGAUGCGACUUAUGAGAAUCAGGGCCCGAGCCCGGGGUACCGGAUGGAGAUGUCCAUCUUCUACGUGGUGUACUUCGUGGUCUUCCCCUUCUUCUUCGUCAAUAUCUUCGUAGCUCUCAUCAUCAUCACUUUCCAGGAGCAAGGAGACAAGAUGAUGGAGGAUUACAGUUUAGAGAAAAACGAGAGAGGCUGCAUAGACUUCGCCAUUAAUGCCAAACCCCUGACACGACACAUGCCUAAGAACAAGCAAAGCUUCCAGUACCGCAUGUGGGAGUUUGUGGUGUCGCCGCCAUUCGAGUAUACAAUCAUGGCUAUGAUCGCGCUCAAUACUAUUGUACUGAUGAUGAAGUAUGACGGAGCCUCUCCGGCCUACGAGGCUGUGCUGGCCAACCUGAACAUCGUGUUCACGUCGCUGUUCUCCAUGGAGUGUGUGCUCAAGAUCAUCGCCUUUGGAGUACUGAAUUACUUCAAAGAUGCCUGGAACAUUUUUGACUGUGUGACAGUCCUGGGCAGCAUUACAGAUAUUUUAGUGACUGAGCUCGGGAUGAAUAACUUCAUCAACUUGAGUUUCCUGAGACUGUUCAGGGCUGCCAGGCUCAUCAAACUGCUCCGGCAGGGAGAGACCAUCCGCAUCCUGCUCUGGACCUUUGUCCAGUCCUUCAAGGCGCUGCCGUACGUGUGCCUGCUUAUCGGCAUGCUGUUCUUCAUCUAUGCCAUCAUCGGGAUGCAGCUGUUUGGGAACAUAGGGAUGGAGGAGGAGGAGGGGAGCGCCAUCAACGAACACAACAACUUCAGGACUUUCUUCCAAGCUCUCAUGCUGCUCUUCAGGAGUGCCACGGGCGAGGCGUGGCAUGACAUCAUGCUGGCGUGUCUUGGAGGGAAGCACUGUGAUCCUCUGGCAGGGAACACUGAACCAGAGUGUGGCAGCCAGUUUGCCUACCUCUACUUUGUGUCCUUCAUCUUCUUCUGCUCCUUCCUGAUGCUGAAUCUGUUCGUGGCUGUCAUCAUGGACAACUUUGAGUACCUGACCAGAGACUCCUCCAUCCUCGGCCCACAUCAUCUAGACGAGUAUGUCAGGAUAUGGGCUGAGUAUGACCAAGCAGCUUGUGGCAGGAUCAGUUGCAGGGAUAUGUAUGACAUGCUCAUGCACAUGAGCCCUCCGCUAGGACUGGGGAAGAGGUGCCCGGCACGGGUGGCCUACAAGAGGCUGCUGCGGAUGGACCUCCCGGUCGCCGACGACAACUCGGUCCACUUCAACUCCACCCUGAUGGCCCUGAUCCGCACAGCGCUGGACAUCAAGAUCGCCAAGGGAGGUGUGGACAAACACCAGAUGGAUGCAGAGCUGAGGAAAGAGAUGAUGGCGAUUUGGCCCAAUCUCUCCCAGAAGACCCUGGACCUCUUAGUCACGCCACAUAAGUCAACAGACCUGACGGUGGGGAAGAUCUACGCUGCCAUGAUGAUCAUGGAGUACUACAGGCAGAGCAAGGCCAAACGCUCUCAGGCGAGGCUAGAGGCGGAGCAGAAUCGAACGACAUUACCGUUUCAGCGCGUGGAGCCACCCUCUCCCAUCCAGGACGGGCCUCUCAGCCUCCCUCCUACCCAGCCAGCAGACCCCGUCAACAGCCUACCGGUGGAGGGGGGGGUUCCAGGGAGCCAGUCGUGGGUGACAGUGCGGGCUCAGGAGAUGUCCCAGAGAGUAGGCAGCUGGAGCCCUGAGAGACAGCACUCUGAGGACGGCCUGGACAGCAGGCAUAACUCACAGACGGUAGAGAUGAGAGAGAUGGGGCGUGACGGUUACUCGGAUACCGAGCACUUUCAUCCAAUGGAAGGCCACGGAAGGGCCGCUUCCAUGCCACGCCUUCCAGGCGACAACCAACAGCGAAGGAAAGGGAGGCAGCGUGGAAAUAACCUCAGUACUAUAACAGAUAAUAGUCCUAUGAAGCGCUCAGCCUCCUCCCUUGGUCACAGUCGAUCUGGGAGGGGCCAGAGGGAAAGGGGAGGGGCCAAUGAUUAUGCAAUGGAUCGUGUCAUCCCUGAGGAGGGCGGAGCACCGAGGCACAGCCACCGACGCCGUGACCGAAGCCACCGGGCCUCCGAGCGGUCACUGUGUCGAUAUACAGACGCAGAUACAGGACUGGGCACAGACCUGAGCACCACCACUCAGUCAGGUGACCUGCCACCCAAGGAGAAGGACCGUGACCGCGACAGAGACCGCGGUCGGCAGAAAGACCGCAAACACCACCACCAUCACCACCACCAUCACAGCGGCUCUGUGGAUAAGGAGCGCUACACACCAGACCGCGCUGACCGGGGGGGAGAGCACAGUGGUCACAGACAGCCCCGAGGAGACAGAGACCACGAUCGGGACAGGGAGCACGACCGUCGCUGGUCACGGUCACCCAGCGAGGGCAGAGAGUGCAUGACACACAGACAGGGCAGUAGUUCGGUGAGCGAAAGUCCCGCCCCCUCCACCUCGGGGACCAGUACCCCGAGACGAGGCCGUCGGCAACUCCCACAGACCCCGGCAACGCCCCGCCCACAUGUCACCUACUCUCCCGUUGUCCGUAAAGCUAUGGCCACACCUCCCGGAGCCCAGCCCCAGGGGCGCAAUCCCGCCCCCGCCCCCGCCCCUCACCGCUUUUCCCCCGAGCCCCCCCAAGGACCUCCCCCGCCACACCAUGGCUCACCCCGCCAGGCCCGCCACCCCCCUCCCCGCUGGGGGGAUGGAGGAGGAGGAGGAGAGAGUGGGUCGCUGGAGGGCGACGGCUGCUUCUACAACCAGGACUACCAGGAUUACGACCGUGAGCACCACGAACCACCUGCCUACGAGCAGAGCCCCACGCAGGGCAACCCUCACAACCCUCACCCCCUCAACCACCCCACUCUGCCCCCGCAAAACCAUCCCCCAACCCCACAGCAGCACCCUAUCAACCCGCACCCCAACAACCCCCACCCCAACAACCCCCACUCCCGCACCUCGCCCAGGACUUCACACCACGCGCCCCCACCCAACACCACCCCCAUCCCCCAAGGGCAGCAGCCUCCUCCCCCUCGACGCCUCCCCAACGGGUACCGCGCCUCCUCCCCCUCCUCGCAACACCACCACGGCCCCACCCACCCCGGGCCCCACAAGGUCCCCCCUCCCCAGCCCAGAGGGCCCCGCACGAAAGGCCUGCACGAACCCUACAACAACACGGAUGACAACAGAUGCUAGCCUCUGGGGACCAUGGAGGGAUGGAUGGAGGGAGGGCUCAACCACACUGUCUGAGUUAUCUGUCCCUACCUCCCAGCCCAGGAAAACACACAGCCAGAGCACUGACCGCCAUGAGACAGGGGAAACCAAGGCAUGAUUCUUUCUUUCUUUCUUUCCUUCUUUCUGUUUGUUUUUCUUUUUGUUUCCUCUGCUGCUCAGUGUUUCCCGGGGAUGGAGGGAGUGAGAAAGGUUUUUUUGGGAUAGAGGGAUGAGGAGGAGGACCACUGAAGGAGGAGUGGAAACUAGUAAACGGGGUAUGGAGGACAAACCAAUUCCUCCUCCAAAAACUAUGGAACCCAGCUCACCGGAUGCAAGGAGACAAAAAUUCAAAAUGUUAAGGGGGGGUGAUGCUACUGGAUGCUACUGGAAACAAAAUAAAAAACCGCCACAACGACCAAGACGUCAUCACAUAAUCAACGCAAAAAACGUUGAUAUUGCGGAGAACAACCACGUUUUUUGCUUUUCAGAACUAAGUGGGGUUGCGUUAGUUGCAGAAACCAACCACCAACCCCAAUGACGGGGAGAUAUUGAUGAGUUUUAUCAUCUGUGUUUACUGUUAAUAAUGACAUCAGUGACGAUGAGCGUUCCACCUGAGUGUGUGUGGGGGACACGGGGGGACACACCCUAACUCUGAAGGAGAGAGGGGGUUAUGUAGGAGGAAUCUAUCCAUUACAACCCCCCAACCCAAACAAAAGAUUCCGCCCCAACCCAGUAGAGAAGAAACAGUAAAAAGUGGAUGAUACUAAAAAACAAACAUUUUCUUCAGUAUUUCUUCUUCUACUCCUGCGGCUGCUUCCUCUUCCGCUUCUUCUUCUUAUUAUUUUUCCUCUUCCUCUUCUUCUUCGAAACAUUGAAGCUUGAUUCUUCUGUUGCACCCGCUCAGCUUUGUUGGAACUUGCAGAGUUUAAAAACCUGUGGAAUCCUGCAUGAUGGAUACAAAAAAUACUGAUAACAAAGAGAAACUAGUGUAAUGUGGGGGGUCCGUUCUAUAUUAGUCUGUGGGGUUCUCUCCUUUUCCUGUAAUGCCUUUGUUUCUCUCGCUCUUCUCCCUGAGGUGUCCCUCUCUCUCUCUCUUCCUGUGCUGGAGGUAUAAUCAGGAUAGUUAGGAUGGAUGGAGAGAUGUGGCGAUGAGGAAGAGAAGAAGAAGGUCCAAUACUUUUUUAUGUGGAGGGACAGGAUGAUCUAUUUCCCACUUUGUUCUUAUUGAAAUGCUCUGUGCCAAAUUAUAACUGUUGAUGUGGCUGAGAUUGCACAAUCAUUUUCAAGGAAGUAGAUAUUUUGUUACUAGGCCUACUUUUAUUUCAUGGAAGGAAAGAAGGCAGGAAAGUAAGAAAACGCAGACCCCACAUAUUCUGGGUUCAUAUUAACAGGGAGUUGAAAUUGGGGGAGGAAGUUACAAGCAAGCUCCAUGAUCCUUAUAGGCUCUUCAUCAGCUGACACAUAGCCUCAUUCAAACCAGAGAUACGUCUCUAGUCUUCCAGUGUUAGUGUUUGAAAGAGCGAUAAAGAGAGAAAGAGAGAGAGAGAGAGAGAGAGAGAGAGAGAGAGCGAGAGAGAGAGAGAGAGAGAGAGAGAGAGAGAGAGAGAGAGAGAGAGAGAGAGAAAGGCAGAUGAAAGGAGGGACCCUCUUCAUCUUUCGUUUAUUUGUUAUGAAUAGUGAUAAUGGUUCUAUAGAUACUGAUAACAAUACUAACAAUAAUGAUGAAUAUGAUUGUGAUAAUGACGAUGAUGAUAAUUAUGAUGAUGAUGAUGAUGAUGAUGAUGAUGACGAUGUUCAUGCUUGUGAGAGAGAAUAAUUUUAGUUUUGUAUUUGUUUGUUUACUUUCGAAUCGGUUGUGCUCGGCGCGUCACCAUCUUUGUCUAGUGAGACAUUCUGUCCGGCUGGUGGUCCACUGGUUCGGCUGGUGGGCGGAGCUUUGUCAGAGAGGUGCAUUGUGGGAACAGGAGUAAUCAUAGUAAUGACUCUGAUACAGUGUAAUAAGGUGGGGAAAGGGAAAGGAACUUUAAAAAAUAGGCAUAUGAGCGUUCUUUGAGUUGACAGCCUUCUAAUGUCAAAAGUCAUACAGGAAAUCAUGUAUCUGACCUGCAUACUUGUUCAUCGGACAGUUGUUUACAUAUGUUAAGCAUUUGGGUAACUAUAGGGCAGCUAAAUGGUCGCUCUUGCUAAGGUAACGGGGUCUACAGACUAAAGCAGCCCAAAUUAAUCAGUAAUAAGAGACAGAGCUCCUCUACCAGUUUGGCCCUCUAGGUGGCACUGUAUGCAAUACAUUACAGCCCUGUCCUAUUGCAUCAUUGUACAUUGUAUCACCCCUUCUCUUUUGACUGUCUGAUUCCAAUGUUUUCAUAUCUGUCUGUAACUGGGAGUAUAAGGUUUAAGUGUUGUCUGUCACUGGUGGAGCACCUCCUUUGUGUUCAGGACAUGUAACACAGCCAAUCAAAAAUUUACAGGACAUGAAAAUGCAUGGGAGAAACAAUGACUGGGUCUUUUCUGCCAAACCUCUGUGUCCUGUGUCGCCCUAUUCUCUUUUUUGUGUGUCUUUGUGUGCCUCAACCUAACAUCCACCCUAAUACCCACCGCUGUCCAUACAGUCUCUCUCUCACAGUUGCCGGACGUUAGGGAUUGCCAUAGUGAACCAUUCAUUUAUUAUAAUUAUGUCAUUAUUAUUAUUAUUAUUAUUAUUAUUAUUAUUAUUAUUAUUAUUAUUAUUAUUAUUAUUACACCCCAUGUCAAAACCAUUCACGUCAGGUAACAGUGUUUGUUCACUGCUGCCAUAGAUAUAGCGCAGUUAGAUCUGCACAUAUCUGUAUUCUGAUGUACUGUAACGACAUAUCCCAUGAUUCUAUGUACCACACUUUGACCAGAAAGUGCACAGGCACAUUGCCUUUACAGUGUUCAUCUAAUGUAGGAAUGUCAUAGAUGUGUAUAAGUCACAUCACAACACAGAUAAGAUAGAAAUACACAGAUACACUCUCAGCAUGUAGCUCCUGGCUGUAGCAAGUGUGUGUGUGUGUGUGUGUGUGUGUGUGUGUGUGUGUGUAUGGCGUGUGUGUGCGUGUGUGUCUGUGUAUGCAUGCGUUCUUUUAUAGCAAGAAUGUGUGUGUAUGUUCAAUGUGUGUGUACAUCAAUAGCAGGCUGUUUUCGUUAGAUAUUUCAUUUAAUUUGUUUAUUUGCUUUGAAUAUUUUGUCAAAGCACAGUGAUGACAUUUGAGUUGGUGAGUGUUUGUGUGUGUGUGUGUGAGUUAGCAUGUGUUUGUGAGCAAGUGUUUGUGUGGCUGUGUGCAAGAUGAGAUAAGAUGUCAACCACCUUCCAAAUGAAACUAUGAGAGGCCCUAACAUUCACUGUCAUUGUGUCCUAUACUGACCAACCAUCCACUAACAACACAUAUGUUAAAUAACCCCACCGUUACUUCAAAAAGCAAUGUAUGAGCCGAUAUGGAAAAAAAAGAGAAAUAAAAGCAUUUUAAAUACCAAAAAAAGACCAAAAAAAGGGAAAAUAUCUACUUCCAUAACUGCAUGUGCUAUGUGCAUGCCACACCGUGGGUGAACAGUCAUCUUCAGGAAUAAAAAAAAAGAAGAAUAUGAAUUCAGAUAAAUAUAUAAAUAUAGAUAGAUGUUGUUACUAAGCAACGGUUCCUUUUUCCUUCUAUUUUUGAGAACAAAAAAGGUUUUAAAAAAUAUAUUUAAAAAAGAACAUGUCAAAAGAGCGACGUGAUGACUUUGUUGAGAAUCAAAGUUGGUUUGUUUCUUUAUGUUGCCAGCUGUUACCUGCAAACAUGGAGGUGAGACACUACGCAACCAUGUUCAGGACACUACAAAAAAAAAGAUAACUCCUAUUUUAAAGAAGAGAAUCCAGUUAAAAGACAUGGAGAGAUAUCCCUGCCUACUUUUGGGUGGGGUCAGGAGAUAGCCAAAUCUGAUGAUGUAACCCUUAAAACUCUGGCUGUGGGGUCUUUUGUCUCUCGCUCACUCCCUCUCUAUUUCUCUCUUACUCUGUCUCUCUCACUCUUAUCUCUCACACUCUCAACCUAUCUCACCGCUAUUUCUACCAGUGCAUUUUGUAAUUCCAGACAGAAUUCUUCAUAAUGAAUAAAAACCAGAGAGAAUGCA